UUUUAUUGUCGAUCGUUCUCUAACUUGAAAUCUAAGGAUCUUAAGAUGGGAUCAAGUAUCUUGAAAAUCACUGCUUUUACAUCAAAUUGCCAUUCCUUUUAUCAAUGCGAUUCCCACAAUGAACGUUUACGAUCGUUCUAUAAAUCUCAUCGUACAAUACCGAUGUCUUUUGUUGAGUUAUUUUUCUCCUGAGAGACGUAGGGUUCGUAUUCAUAACGAGUUGAGUGAUUAAAAAUGCGAAAAAAGUAUUAAACACUGCAACCCAUCGUCAGUUACGCAGGACUCACGCAAACAAGCACACAAAACGAAUCUCGCGAAGAAUCUUUACUAUUGAAAGGUUGGCUCAUACAAUUGUUCGUCCGCUGCAUCAUAUUAUGAGAGAAGUCUUAUCAAUCCUGCUGGUAUUUCCCUGCGGGAUCAAUACUUCAGUUAUCAGUUUAAGGCACUAGUCAUUCAGUGUAGUGACCAGACGUGACUGGCUUGGUAUAUUUUUACUCAGUAGUAACCGUUCGAUCGGUCAUAGAAUCCUUUCACGAACCAUGUGCAUUUUUCGAAAUACCGGAACUUCCUUCGCAAUUGGACUUUUAGUGUUUGCGUUAGUGGCAACACUACCGCAAGAGAGCCACUCUCAGCGCAGUCAACCGGGUGUGCGGAAGUGUACGAUGGCAGCGGAUGAGGUGGACUCCUUAGUCAACCUGCUGGAGGAUAUGGAGCUUGACCCAACGUCAGAGGAAUCAGAAGAGUCGGAAUCCGAGGAAACGGCGGUACUUCCGGCAUCGAAUCCAACCUGCACGGCGCAAUUGGCACGUAUGCGUAAUUCCGUACGCCGACUGCAGGAAAGCUACCAGCGACUAAAGUUCCACAUUAACGAUAAUGUUUGGGAGUAUCGGACACGGAAAAAUAGCUAUGAACAGCAAAAGCGAGAUUUGACGCAGAAACUUGAACAGCUAGCCGGGCAAGUGAGUGCUCAGAAUCGUUCUGCGUUAAGUGUUCUACGUCGUAAAAUAAAGAACGCUGAGCAGCAACUGGCGAGUAGCGUGAAGGAGCUUGAGAAGCAACGGCAGGAAAACGAAAACUUGCUGAUCUCGCUGGUGGCGGAUAAAAUCACUGCUGGUAAACUACCGGAAGCGCACAACAAGUUGGAGCAACUUGUAAUUUACAGCAACGAACCAUACCCGGCGAUCGUACAGAAGGUUUUCCAGGGGAACCCGCAUCAAGCUGCCGAGCUGUUGAUUGAGUUUCUGAAACGAGUCGAUUUUCAGUACCGUCCGAUCGGUGGCUACGAGGCACUGGUGGAUACGAUGAUCGAUCGGCAGACACUCCGUGGAAGAAACGCAAUCGAACUAUUGAAACACAUCCAAAGCCUUGUCCUGGCCCGUCUAGGUCAGCAACAUGAGCGGGCCGUGGCCCUUCUGAAGAAGUUCCGUAUGAAUGCAUCCUAAAAAAUAAACAGCUAUCCACCGAUCGCUAGUUUUGUUUCGAAUUCUUUGUCAAUAGUCGAAAUAAAGUGCUCGGAUUGCUCCCAAGGAUAAUCCGAGAGCGGUAACAACUUUUUCUUUUUCGUA